AUGGGAGGAGGAUUCAGGGUGCUGCAUCUGGUGAGGCCGUUCCUUCCUAUUUUACCUGAAGUCCAGAGUCCUGAUAGGAAGAUCCCCUUUCGAGAGAAGGCAACCUACACUGUGAUCGCUCUGUUCAUCUACCUGGUGUGCAGCCAGCUCCCGCUCUUUGGCAUACACGACACUACAGGCGCGGAUCCAUUCUAUUGGAUGCGCGUCAUGCUCGCUUCCAGCCGGGGGACGGUGAUGGAGCUUGGGAUUACCCCGAUUGUCACAUCGGGAAUGGUGAUGCAGCUCUUGGCUGGUUCUAAGAUCAUUGCUGUUGACAACAGCGUCCGUGAGGAUCGCGCUUUACUGAAUGGCGCACAAAAGCUGUUGGGGAUCCUGAUUGCGGUUGGUGAAGCUGUUGUAUAUGUGCUCUCUGGGAUGUAUGGAAGCGUUGGUCAGUUGGGAGUUGGGAAUGCGAUUCUCAUCAUUAUUCAGUUGUGCUUUGCCGGAAUCAUCGUCAUGUGUCUGGAUGAGCUGCUACAGAAAGGCUAUGGUCUUAGCUCUGGGAUUUCUCUUUUCAUUGCUACCAACAUCUGUGAAAACAUCAUCUGGAAAGCAUUCAGUCCAACGACAAUCAACAGCGGCCGUGGAGCUGAGUUUGAGGGCGCUGUGAUUUCCUUGUUCCAUCUCCUGAUCAUAAGGACAGACAAAAUCCAUGCUCUGAGAGAGGCUUUCUAUAGGCAGAAUCUUCCAAACGUCACCAGUUUGCUCGCGACGAUCUUGAUCCUCCUUCUCGUUGUCUAUCUCCAAGGUUUUCGUGUCGUGUUGCCCGUGAGAUCAAAGAAUGCUCGUGGGCAGCAGGGCUCUUACCCGAUCAAGCUUUUCUACACCUCCAACAUGCCUAUCAUUCUCUAUCAUGCACUUGUUUCCAACCUUAAUAUCAUCUCUCAGUUGCUUUCCAGGAAGUACGGUGGAAACUUCGUUGUCGACUUGUUGGGACAGUGGAAGCAGUCUGAAUAUUCUGGCGGUCAGUUCGCUCCCGUUGGUGGUCUGGCAUACUACAUAACUUCACCAGCAAGCUUGGCAGAUGUAGCAGCCGAUCCAUUCCACGCAUUGUUUUACCUAGUGUUCAUGCUGGGAGCUUGCGCCCUGUUCUCCAAAACCUGGAUUGAGGUGUCCGGGUCUUCUGCUCGCGAUGUCGCCAAGCAACUUAAGGAGCAACAAAUGGUGAUGCCAGGACACCGGGAUUCGAACCUCGAAAGGGAGCUGAACCGAUAUAUCCCGACGGCAGCUGCCUUUGGUGGGAUCUGCAUUGGUGCAUUGACUGUGCUGGCGGAUUUGAUGGGGGCAAUAGGUUCUGGAACAGGGAUUCUGCUGGCUGCCACCAUUGUCUGCCAGCUCUAUGAGACCUUCGAGAAGGAGAAGGCCCGUGAACUCGGCUUCUUUGGCUUUUGAGCUACUAGUGAGAGCGACAGACUUGAAAUGUCCAUAUGCAUCGUUAUAAAGUAGUACAAUUUUAACAUGAAAAAUUACCGGAAGAAUCUGAGUGUUGACCACGAUUAGUCAUGCUAUUGAUAAAUAAAAA